CGCGAGCCAGCGGGACCCGUGGUCCGCGAAAUUUUGGCCCGUAUAAAAGCCACUAGAAGUUCCGACUCAUCUUCAGUCAGGAUUGAUUAGUCAAUCUAGAAGGAGAGCAGUUCACAGCAGCAGCAGCAGCAGCAGCAAAUCUUCGAAAUGCGUGCAUUUGUGCUUAUGUCGGUAUGCCUGGCCGUGGCGUCCGCCCAGUUCUUCCAGGGUGGCAACUCGUACUCGGGAGCGUCCAGCGGUGCCCGGUCCGUGUCGGUGACGGCCUCGCCGGUGGCCUACGAGCAGACCGUGCUGGGCGGUGGAAGCUCCGGUGGAUUUAGCUCGGGUGGCUCCUUUGGAGGAUCUUCCGGAUUCGGAGGUGGUGCGUCCUUCUCCGGUGCCCGUUCGGGCUCGUUUGGUGGUGGUUCGUCGUUCGGUGGUGGCUCGUCGUUUGGUGGAGCGUCGGCCGCUGGAGGUGCCCAAUACAACACUGGAUAUCAGGCUGGUCUGGCCGCUGGACGUGCUGCCAUCUCUAGCGGAGCCGUAGGUGCCCGAUUCGGAGGUGGUUCCUCGUCCUCCUUCGGUGGUGCCUCUUCCUUCGCUGGAGCUGGAGCUUCCUCUGGUGCCGGAUUUGGUGGAGCUUCCGGAUUCGGAGGUGGAGCUUCCGGAUUUGGAGGUGCUUCCGCUGGAGCCAGCGCAAAGGCCGGUGCCCAGGUGAAAUUCUUCGUCAAGCCGGAAGUUGUCAAGAAGAACUUCUACUACCACGUUGCUCCGGAAGCCGAGGCCGGAGCCGAAGCUGACGCUCGCGUCGAGAUCCAGCCCCAGACCCACUACAAGGUCCUGUUCAUCAAGGCCCCGUCCGCUUCGGCCGCCGCCGCUGCCCGUGCCGCCGCUCGUACCCGCACCCAGGAGAAGACCAUCGUCUACGUUCUGGUCAAGAACCCCGAGGCCGAGGCCAAGGCCGCUGCCGAUGCCGCCGUCGAUACCUACGCCAGUGCCAAGCCCGAGGUCUUCUUCAUCAAGUACGACGGUGCCAACGCCAAGGCCGGAGCCUCUGCUGGAGCAUCUGCUGGAGCAUUCGGAGGAGCUUCCGCUGGAGGUUUCGGAGGUGCUUCCGCUGGAUCGUUCGGAGGAGCUUCCGCUUUCGGUGGAGCUGAUGCCGGUGCUUUCGGAGGAGCUUUCGGUGGAGCUGACGCCAGCGCUUUCGGAGGAGCUUCCGGAGGAGCUUUCUCGGGACGUGCCGACUUUGGUGGAUCUAACGACGCUGUUGUUAUUGGCAAUGCUGGCGCUUCCGGUUUCGGCGGAUCGUCGUCUGGCUUCGGAUCGGGAUCGUCUUCCGGCUUCGGAUCGGGAUCGUCGAGCGGAGCGUCGGCCGGAUCGAGCUCGUUCCAGCGUAGCUUUGCCUCGGGUGGAACCACCUUCGGUGCCGUCCCGACCUUUGUUUCGGGCUCAAGCGCCAGCGGAACCGCCGUAGCCAGCGGUGGAGCCAACGCCGCCUUCAUCGGAAGCACCACCGCCGGGCCGAUCUUCUAAGAUUCGACCACGGAUGCGGAUGCUUUCAUGGUUGUGAUUAGAGCUAACGAAAUACCUGACCAAGACUUACGGUUGAACGAUUCGGAUCACCCUGUUCAUGUAUAGAGUUCGUAGAACUUUUGCGGUAGUGUAAGCAAUGAAACAAACUCGUCUAAAUAAGGUAGAUUUAAUUUUACUUAGGAUUUAGCCGCGUAGCGAAGAAGACAAACGGAAGCCAACUUUGUACCAUAAAAAAUCACAACUAUCGUGAAGAAAAACAAUGGUAAAAACGAAAACUGUGAAAAUAGAAAACAUGUCUAGCAAAAAACUGUCUGCUAUCUUUUGAGGAAUCCAUCAAAAUUAAACGGGAACUUUUUCGAGUGUAAAGUAUAACGAAAUAAUUUCGACUUUUGUAUGCAAUGUUGUAAACGAUUGCAUGCUACAUUGGCAAAGAUUGUAUGCAAUACUGAUAACAAUUAUAAACAAACGCAUACAAUGUGGUCAACAACAUGAGACCAAAUCGAUGAGGUAAAGCAGGUAUUAGACUAUGACAAACAUACAAAAAAACUCGCACUUUUUGGCAGCUGCUUGCAGGCAGCUUUGUUUGUUUGCAGAAACGUCAGCCUGCAUACAUUUUGAGUUGUUUGCGAGUUUGAUACACUGUCAAACACGAAAAAGUGCGAGUUUUUUGGUUUGUUUGUCGUAGUCUAAUACCUGCUAAAAUAAUAAUAAAUAAACCCAAACAUACCUUGAGUUAAAUUGAGGUUUUUCCUUUUUCAGAUU